CCGAAGAACAACAAAAACAAACACAGCACCGAGGGGGUUCCGGGGACGCAUGAGAGGAGGCAUGUGAUCCGAUGUGUCGUUGAAAACAGCCUUUCCUUUGGUCUCCGCUACAUCAGAGGGCUGGAACCAUGGAGUCAUUGUCUUCUGAUGAAGAGGAGGUGCGCACCUUCGUCAAAGUCAUGAGUGAGAAAUACAACCCAGAAAAUUUCCCCUACGGCCAAGGUGUAGUGGUUCUGUGCAGCCCCCCAGGAUCCCCCAACAAAGAUCGCCUGUUCUUGCCCAGCAUACUGGUCCUCAAUCACUGUGGAAUCAGUAAAGCCGGUGACAGGACUGACAUCGCAGCUUUUUGUGCGCACGUGGUGGAGCUGGACCUGUCACACAAUCAACUUAACGACUGGGUCGAGAUCUGCACCAUUGUUUCCAAUGUCCCCCACCUGGACUUCCUCAAUCUGAGCAUGAACCCUCUGAGUGGCGUAGAGCUGGAGCCCAGCAUGGCUGACGUUUUCUCCAGGGUCCGACAAGUGGUCCUCAUUAACACACACGUCAGCUGGAACACCGUGCACACACUCACAAAACAUGCACCAGAGCUGGAGGAGCUCUUCUUGUGCCUAAAUGGCUAUGACACUGUGUCAGAAUCCCAGACGUCCUGUCCAUCACUACGCCUGCUGCAGAUUACAGAGAACCACCUCCGGGAAUGGGCAGAAGUGAGGAAGUUUGGGAUGAUGUACCCGAGCCUGAGCACUCUAGUGCUGGCCAAUAAUAACCUGGACUCUGUGGGUGACACUCAGGAAACACUGCAGUGCCUCUUCCCCAACCUGCGUAGCAUCAACCUCAACAACUCAGGGCUUAGUAAGUGGGAGGACAUUGAAAGGCUGAGUUUCUUCCCCAAGCUGGAGGAAGUCAAAGUGAAGGGGAUUCCUUUAUUGGAGCCUUACACCGCCCACGAGAGACAUAGUCUCCUUUUAGCACAGUUGCCAUCUGUAGUGGUGUUAAAUGGCGGUGCGGUAUUUAAUGGAGAGAGAGAGGAUGCUGAGAGGUUUUUCAUCAGGUACUACCAGGACUGUCCUGAACAGGAGCUUCCUCAGAGGUAUCACGCCCUUGUAUCCAAGUAUGGUCAACUGGCUCCACUGGCAGAGGUCGACCUGAGCCCCCGCAGCACCAUGGUGGACGUUCGCUGGGGCGAGAGGGUGGAGGCCGUCAGCCUCCGUCUGGAGCAGACGGUGGGUGACCUAAGGAAACAGCUUAAGGCUCUGCUGCAGCUGCCUACCAAUGGGAUCCGGCUUUUCUACAUUAACCGGGAGAUGUGUUCAGUCGUGGGGCCUGAGGAGCUGAAGUGCGGGAGCCGAGCCCUCCAUUCCUAUAGCAUUCGAGAUGGGGAUGAGAUUCUAGUUGUGCCCAAAGUCAAAAGCCGCUGCAGCUCCUCCGAUCUUUGAGUCAGGAGGCUCUCUGCUUUUGAAUAAAUGGGACAGGAAUUUCAGAAAAUGAACACUGACUGGAUACUAAGCUUUGACUUGAGCCUUAUUUAGAGGUUUUUUUUGUUGUUUUUAAAGUGAUAUUUCAGCCAUGAAUGUAAAGAUGUUUGCUGUCAACCAUAUUGAACAAACAUAUACAAUAGUAUAUUUGCACAUAGGAGUUCCACAUUCACAGAGAUCGUGCUUAAGCUAAAACUGCAGUUUACAUCUCAUUUAUAAAAACAAAAAGUAUGCAAAUCCAGACAUGGUAUAAUUGUCCUCUAAAUAGAAAAACAGUUGCCAUACCUACCAACUGAAUGCACAACUUGCACAUUAAUUUAAAAAAAAGAUUUUAUAAUUGGAGAAUUUGUCUGAUUAGAUCUGAGAUUUUUGUAAAAAACAAACAAAAAAAAAACUUCCCCCCUGCUUGUCUGACAUGCCAGUGACACUUAUAUUUGUAUUUAUUUAAAUAGUAAAACAUGUUGACAUUAGGUGACAAAAUCAUAAAUGAUACACAAGUUCACAUGGAAAUUAGUUUUUUAAGAUACCAGCUGCUGUGCAUAUGAUCCGUAACUUCACUGUUCUUUGCAUUUGGCACAAUAAUCAGCAGCUCUCCUGUUUUUUCUCUGCUGUAAUCUGUGAACAGUGCAACUUUUUUUUAUGCCGGGGAGUAUACGAAGCCAAAUGAUUGCAGCCAACCUGACUGAAGUCCUCAUGUAAUGUUUCAGUUCCUUUGUGUUGCUAGGGUUUACAAUUCACUACUAUGAGGGAAAAACAAUGUUUUUAACACGUUCAUGGUCAUGACAGAGUCAAAGAGGCUUUGUUCUGUCUAACCUGAAUUUAAGCAGAGUAGAUUUGCUGACGAGAAUGUCCUUUUCCUGGAACAUGAGUGUCUGUGUGUGUGUGCAUAAGUAACACAACUCUGUCCCUGCUUUCUUCCUGUCACUCAGAUCAUGCUCGUUCCACAUGACUCCUGAUAGAAGUGAAAUAUCCUGGGAUAACCCCCUGAGCUGAAAUCACAAAUGCACUGUGUUUGGGAUAACAUAGAGCACAUGGCUGCCGCUCAGUUAGGACGCCCUGGCA